AUGGGGUUCAUUAAAUGCUUGAGUAGCUAUAGUGUUUUAGAUGUUGUUGCCAUCCGAGACAUAAUACCACCACCUCAGACGUCAUCAUUUAAUGAUGUUUACAUUGCUUAUGAGCUUAUGGACACUGAUCUGCACCAAAUCAUCCGUUCUAAUCAAGCAUUAUCAGAAGAGCAUUGCCAGUAUUUCUUGUAUCAAAUCCUCCGUGGGUUGAAGUACAUCCAUUCUGCAAAUGUUCUGCAUAGGGACUUGAAACCUAGCAAUCUUCUCUUGAAUGCGAAUUGUGACCUAAAGAUAUGUGACUUUGGAUUAGCACGUGUCACAUCUGAAACAGACUUUAUGACAGAGUAUGUUGUUACAAGGUGGUAUCGAGCUCCGGAACUAUUGUUAAAUUCAUCUGAUUAUACUACAGCUAUUGAUGUGUGGUCAGUGGGGUGUAUUUUUAUGGAAUUGAUGGAUCGGAAGCCAUUAUUUCCUGGUAGAGAUCAUGUGCAUCAGUUGCGUCUACUUAUGGAGCUGAUAGGCACUCCAUCUGAGGCUGAGUUGGAGUUUUUGAAUGAAAAUGCAAAAAGAUACAUCCGGAAUCUUCCUCCGCAACCCCGACAAAGAUUCACUGAAAAGUUUCCGCAAGUGCACCCUCUUGCUAUUGAUCUUAUUGAGAAGAUGUUAACAUUUGAUCCUAGAAAAAGAAUUGCAGUUGAAGAUGCACUGGCACAUCCGUACCUAAACUCGCUUCAUGACAUCAGUGAUGAGCCUAUUUGCCAGACUCCGUUCAGCUUUGAUUUCGAGCAGCGCGCUUUAACCGAAGAACAGAUGAAGGAGCUGAUAUACUGGGAAUCUCUUGCAUUCAAUCCCGAAUAUCGGCAAGUAUGA